AUGUCUCCCGUCCUGCCGCCGCCAGCGCCUAAUACCCUCCAACUUCCUGAUACCGGUCUUGAACCACCACAGCCCGAGGCUUCGUCUCCGACCUCCCGCUCCCGUUUUCGAUUUGGCUCAUCACGCAAAUCCAGCAUAAGUGGUCGGUCUCCUGCCCCAUCGCCUUCAGAAAUGCCUUCCAAUGGCAAGCAUGGUCCAUUGCAUGACUUGAAGCGCUUUCUUAACAACCACAUACCCCACACUCCCAACCACGAUUCCGACUCCAUCCCUGGCACUCCCCCCAAGCAUGGCUACUUCGAGCCUGCGACCCCUUCUUCCAAAACCGAGGCUAAAUCGACAUUGCGAGGCUCUGUUGUACCCAAAUCCAAAGAGUCGAAACCUUCGCCAGUCAAGCAGAGCAAGGACCGGACUCCUUCCCCAGCCAACUCUCAUCUCAGCGAAAAGCAAUCGACCGCUCCGUCAGAAAAGAGCCAAAACCCAAGCCUGAGCAUUAAGGGCUCGAGCAACAAGGCGGUUUCCCGCUCUUCCGUCUAUCACCACCCACCAAUACAUUCCCUCGAGGAGGCCACCCACGCUCAUCUGUCCAAGAAGUAUGGCAAGUGGGGUCGGGUUCUUGGCAGCGGUGCGGGUGGUACUGUCAGGCUCAUCAAGGGCAGCCCAAAGUCUGGCGGCUCAAUAUUCGCUGUCAAGCAGUUUCGGCCCAAGCGUGCGGGCGAAAGUGAGAAAGAGUACCAGAAAAAGGUCACAGCCGAGUUCUGUGUGGGUUCUACUCUCAAGCAUCCAAACAUAAUCGCCACUGUCGACAUUGUUUCUGACCACGGUCACUAUUAUGAGGUUAUGGAGUAUGCGCCAUACGAUUUAUUCAGCGUGGUCAUGUCGGGCAAGAUGUGCCGACCUGAAAUCUACUGCGUAUUCCGCCAAGUUUGCGACGGUGUUGCCUACCUCCACGAAAUGGGACUUGCCCAUCGCGAUCUCAAGCUUGACAACUGUGUAAUGACCACCGAUAACGUUGUCAAAAUUAUCGACUUUGGGACUGCGACUGUCUUUCACUACCCUGGUCGCACCCUAACAAUGGCGACCGGAAUUGUCGGGAGUGAUCCGUACCUUGCCCCGGAGGUUCUCAACGGGCAGCCUUACGACCCCCGCAAAACUGAUGUGUGGAGUAUCGGCAUAAUGUUCAUGUGCAUGGUCCUUCGCCGUUUCCCAUGGACACUACCGAAUCCCAAGACCGAUGCCAGCUUCAAGGCAUUUGUCGCUGCCCAUCCUGAUCUAAGCACUAAAGCGCCAGCUCGGGAAAAUAAACGCGGGGUCACGAUGCCACCACCUCCUCCAGUAGUAAACGACAACCAACUCACGGUUGGCCGACAACGGGCAGCAAGCACCAACUCACCUGCUGUCAAUGCAGAUGACUCAACAAGUACUCGAAACUCGUCAGAAAAUACCUCAAUACUGAGCUCCACUGACCGCGAUUCGGGCUCAACAUGCAUCACCGACCCACCGUCACGAUUGAGCAGUCGUUCGUCUUCUGCGCUUGUUGUGCCAGAGUCAACAAGUCCUCGGAUAAUGCAUCUUCAGACAUCUCAACCCGUUUUCCCGAGCACUGUUACGCUGCCAGCAAUUGGCAGCCUCGCUAUGCUUACCACCGAUAGCCCGACCGAAAUGGAUAUGGACCCCUCAGUGCUCACUUUCGCUCGCCCUGCGCAUUCUACUGAAUCACUUCCGCUCAGUCCACGGGAGCCAUUCAGCUUCCCAGCCACCCCAACCUCGCAUUUGGACGAGUUAUCGACUCCUCGUGUGGGAACGAUGCCUUUGAUGCCGCCAACAUCUCCAACCAGAGCACGCGCUGCCACAUUCAAUGCCCUUCAAACCGUCGCUGCCAAACAAGAAGCAGCGGACGCUUCUGUUGCCGAGGUCAAAGUACAGCCCGCGCCAAAGCGACGUCAGCGUACGGAUAGUGUCACAACUUUCCAUGGGGGAGGGUCAGAGUCGAUUUUCCGUCUGCUGCCUCGCGAGGCGCGACCAGCUUUGCGGCGAAUGCUGCAUGUGGAGCCAUCGGCCCGGUGCACUCUCACGGACCUGAUCAAAGGCCGUGGGAAAUCGAGCAGUUUGUUGUGUGGCUGCAAUUUAGAGGGCGGCAAUCCUCCCGAGGCGGGCCCUUGUGAAGACCACGAUUGUACGCCAGAAGAGGAGGACGAUGGUGAUGACUGGCUCAAGAAUGUCGAGCCAUGUUCCCGCGAAGGCGUACAACCAAAGCAUGUCCAUAUCAAGGUCACCGUUGCGGAGAAGCAGGGCAAACGACGGUUCUUUUAA